AUGUCUUCUACUCUCUUGGCAUACGGCUCUGAUUAUGGGAGCGACACGCGGACGCAGACGCCUGGACUCGGUAGCUACAACGCAAGUAUGAUGAUGUACAACGUCCCGCCGCACACGGCAGCACAACAGGCCGUCUAUGAUACGCAGCAAUUUACGCCGCGGCAACAUGCAGCGAUGCAGAUGAUGCCGUCAGACGUGGCAUCGAGCUACUUUGUCUCUGAUACAUCUGGCGGCGCCGCAACCUCCUUGCAAGCAUCCGGUCAGGGCUCUAGUACUUCAUAUCAGCAUCAGAACACGGGCAUAGGCUACCCCAGCAGCAUGUCGGAAUUACAGCAGUCUGGAGGUGCCAACGCUGGAAUGUCAGGCAGUCGCGACGCCGACGAUGCCAUUGCUCUGAAGUGGAGCAGCUAUCAGCGACAGCUGGGAACAGUAUUCCGCGAUGUGUCGGAUGGGCAGCUUGAGAGGGCAUCAAGCACACUACUGGAAUUGUCCAAGUGGCUGUUGCCGCAGGUACCUCAGCUAGGGUUGCAUCAAGACGACCCGUCGUUGCAUGAAGAGAGGUUGAAGCUUUGGAACGAUUUUAAUCAUGGCUGGCUAUCGUUGGCGUAUCAGCAGAAACAGCUCAUGACUUCUGGACAACAGAUAUCCAACUCGCAGAGGCUCAUGACCAAGGACCAGAUUGAGGGCCUGGGCGACGAACUGGUACGACUAUGCGACGGACUGGAGCGGCACGGACUGGUUGACUAUCAAUAUGGGGUGUGGGAGGAGCAAAUUGAAGAAGGUAUGCUUGACGUUGAUGACAUCACCGGCAUUUGA